AUGCCAUCUUUCACCGUGUUCAGAGGCUCCAAGGAGGGCACCCCCAAGCAGGACCAGACCACCAAACCCGACCAGCUCACCGGCACCCAAGUCUUCGUCAAGGUCACCGCCUCCGGUCUCUGCGGCACGGACCUGCACUACCUGGCAGCCGACGUGGUCCUCGGGCACGAGGGCGUCGGCGUCGUCCAGGACGUCGGCCCUGACGUCCAGAAUUUGAAAAAGGGCGACCGCGUCGGCUGGGGCUACGUCCACGGUGCCUGCGGCGCCUGCGAGCAGUGCAUCAAGGGCGAGGACGUCUUCUGCACCCAGAGGCGCCUGUACGGUUUCCACGACACGGAGCAGGGCAGCUUCUCGCACGGCGCCGUCUGGCCCGAGAGCCACCUGCACCCCAUCCCAGACUCCAUGACCGAUGAGGUCGCCGCGCCGCUGCAGUGCGCGGGCGCCACCGUCUUCACACCCCUCCACGACGUCCGCGCCGACGAGACCGUGGGCGUCAUUGGCGUCGGCGGCCUCGGCCACCUGGCCAUUCAGUUCGCGGCCAAGAUGGGCUGCCGCGUCGUCGUCCUGUCGGGCUCGGAGAGCAAGAAGGACGACGCGCACCGCCUGGGCGCCACCGAGUUCAUCGCCAUGAACAAGCGCGACGAGAACACCAAGCCCACCCCCAUUGACCGCCUGCUCGUCACCACCUCGGCGCUCCCCGACUGGGACGUCAUCAUGCCCUGGAUGGCGCCCAAGGGCACCAUCUACCCCUUGACCGUGUCGCAGGACGCUCUCAAGAUCCCGGCCAUGCCCCUGCUGCUUAGUGGCGUCGCCGUUCAAGGCUCGCUUGUGGCUACGCGCACCGUGCACAGAGAGAUGCUGCGCUUCGCCGGUCUGCACGGCAUUGCGCCCUGGACCGAGACGUUCCCCAUGACCGUCGAGGGAAUCAAGCAGGCGACCGAUGCGCUGAACGAGGGCAAGGUCCGCUUCAGGGCCGUGCUGCUGCCCCAGUAA